AUGAUAACAAAGCUAAUGUAUCGGGUGAUAUGGGGAGAAAAAGAGAAGGGUCUUGGUAUAAAAAGAAGCGUAAUAGAGGAACUACCGGCAGAGAUUCUGAUGGAGAUUCUAAAGAAAAUACCGGGGAAAGAAGCAUUGAUAUGCCGAUGUGUCUCCAAGACCUUCCUUAGCAUGAUUGACAGUCGUUGCGUGGUUUGUGCUUACGAUGAACCUCCAUCGCUGCUCGCUUAUGGAUUCCAGAGUGAAGCUGUGUUUUUCAAGUUGUGGAUGUGUAAGACGAGCCUGAUGAAGGAGGAUAGUGAUCAUCAUGAAGCAAAUAAUGUGGUGUUGAAGGUGGAAGAUCGAAGCCUUUGGAAUUAUCCUUGCAUGGAAAGACCCUUAAAUGAUAUUCCCCCUAUAAGCUCCAAUGGACUAAUUCUUACGAGAUGUGGUUCCGACACAUAUGUCUUCAACCCUGUCGGGAAGGAGGCUAUGAAGAUACCAUGUCAGGAGCAUGACAACGCAUGCAAACAGCCUCUAGGAUUUGGAUAUGAUCUCAAAGGCAAAACUCACAAGAUCAUCAGUGUUUGGGAGACACCCGAGCUCAAGCUUGUGGCCCAAGUCUUUUCCCUGCGGGAAACAGACUAUAACUGGAGGAGCUUAGACAUCUCCUCCUCCUUCUCCUCCUCUGCUCUUCCUUUUGGCCAUGUUUCUUUUUCUUCUUCCACCGUCACCAUUCACGGAUAUGUUUACUGGACGGCCACUAUAAGCAAGUGGUUUUCUCACCCGGCUCUCAUCCACGGGGGUCUUGUGCAGCUCUUCCACCUCACUGAUCUACAAGGGACCUUAGCGAUGGUGGAUUUUUCUUCCGAGGAGUGUGUAGGUUUGUGGGUGCUAAAAGAUAAGGCGAGAGGAGGAGAAUGGUCUCUCGACUACAGAUUUGACGUCAGUGUUUUCAGAGACAAAGUAAAAAACUUCUGUCGCGGCCACGAGUGGAGUACAAGAAGACUACAUAUGGUCGGUGCUUGGAAGGAAGGGCUGCGUGUAAGGAUUUGGCAAUCUACUGUCUGUGUUUACUUGAACUUCAAGACACAACGUAUGGAGUAUAUUGGUUUUGAAGAUGAGAUUCAAGAAUUGAUAAGCCGGGAUUUCAUCGUUAGUUAUACCCCAAAUUAUCUACUCCGUCUAAAGACUUAAUAUGACCAAUCAAGAGUCAUCUGUGCUCGCCCUCUUGCUGGUGCACGUAUUCGAGGACGCCUCCAUUAUAUGGUUACGCGCGCUGAUAAUCUUUUUUAUGAGUUUAGGUAUCUUUAUGAUAGCUUAAAAACUCCAUUUGAUGAGCUUAUUGGUUUUAGGAUAAGGAAAACCCGCCUAGAAAAACAUGAACUUGCUAAAUUCCCGCGUCGUACUUGGGUAUUUGAAUAA